UGUAACACUGAUCCGUGUGUGCGAGGAGCCGGGGCUUUUUAUCAGCGAACCGAUUUGAGACUUGAGAGUGAAAAAAAUAGAAAACUAGGAAAAUGUUGCACCAAGUACAAUGAGAGCAGAUUUGUUGCAGACAGACAAGUCUACAUAUGACUCCCACCAACACAUAUUUGAUGAGCAAUUCUGAAACGUCUUUGGAUUCUUAAAAAGUGGAUCCCACUACUUCACAAUCAUGAGAAAUACUUGGUUGUCACAUCGAGGUGCGAUUGUGGAAUACUGGACAACGGGCAUUGUGUGUCUUUUUUGGAUUCAGUGUUCAUUCGGGAUGCCUCACGUCAUUCGAAUAGGGGGCAUUUUUGAGCAAACAGAAAGCGCCCCCAACGCCCCUGUGAGUUCAGAGGAGCUGGCCUUUAAGUUCGCCGUCAACAACAUCAACAGGAACAGGACGUUACUACCCAACACAACAUUAACGUACGACAUCCAGAGGAUAAACAUCUACGACAGUUUUGAGGCGUCCAGGAAAGCCUGUGACCAGCUCUCUCUAGGCGUAGUAGCCAUCUUUGGCCCGUCACACAGCUCAUCCUCCAACGCUGUCCAGUCCAUCUGCAAUGCUCUGGAGGUGCCACACAUCCAGGUGAGGUGGAAGCACCACCCCAUGGACAACCGGGACACAUUCUACGCCAACCUGUACCCCGACUACUCCUCGCUCAGCUACGCCAUUCUCGACCUUGUGCAGUUCCUCAGGUGGAAGACGGCCACCGUGGUGUACGACGACAGCACAGGCCUCAUUAGACUACAGGAGCUGAUCAUGGCCCCAUCCAGGUACAACAUCCGGCUGAAGAUCAGACAGCUUCCCCUGGACAACACGGACACGCGGCCGCUGCUGAAGGAGAUGAAGCGAGGCCGCGAGUUCCGCAUCAUCUUCGACUGCAGUCACGCCAUGGCUGCCCAGAUCUUGAAGCAGGCUCAGAUGAUGGGAAUGAUGACAGAGUACUACCACUACAUCUUCACCACUCUGGACCUCAUGGCCAUCGACUUGGAGCCCUACCGCUUCUGCGGCGUGAACAUGACCGGCUUCCGCAUCCUGAAUGUGGACAACCCCCAGGUGGCCUCCAUCGUGGAGAAGUGGUCCCUGGAGAGACAGAUCCUCCCCAAGCCAGACUCGGGCCUUCUGGAGGGCAUCAUGACGACAGAUGCUGCUCUGACGUAUGAUGCCGUCCACAUCGUGUCGGUGUCGUACCAGCACGCGCCACAGAUGACCGUCAACUCGCUGCAGUGCCACCGGCACAAGCCCUGGAGGUUCGGAGGACGCUUCAUGAGCUUCAUCAAGGAGUCGCACUGGGAUGGCCUAACCGGGCGAUUGUGCUUUAACAAAACCACCGGCCUGCGCACUGACUUUGACCUGGACAUUGUCAGCCUGAAGGAGGAAGGACUCGAGAAGGUGGGCAAGUGGAGUGCAUCAGGGGGGCUCAACAUCACUGAGGUCCCCAGGCGUAAUGGGAUGAACAUCACCGACUCACUCUCCAACCGCUCGCUGGUCAUCACCACCAUCCUGGAGGAGCCAUACGUCAUGCUUAAGAAGUCUGACAGGGCGCUGGUCGGCAACGACCGCUUCGAGGGCUUCUGCAUCGACCUGCUCAAGGAGCUGGCCGCCAUCCUGGGCUUCUCCUACGAGAUCCGCCUGGUGCCGGACGGCAAGUACGGCUCGCAGGACGACAAGGGCCAGUGGAACGGCCUGAUCCGGGAACUAAUGGAGCAUAAAGCUGACCUGGCCGUGGCCCCCCUCACCAUCACCUACCUGCGGGAGAAGGUUGUGGAUUUCUCCAAGCCCUUCCUCAACAUGGGCAUCAGCAUUCUGUACCGCAAGCCCAACAACACCAACAACGGCUUCUUCUCCUUCCUCAACCCCAUGACGCCCGACAUCUGGGUCUACAUCCUGCUGGCCUACCUGGGCGUCAGCUGCGUCUUAUUUGUCAUCGCCAGGUUCAGUCCAUACGAGUGGUACGAUGCCCACCCCUGCAACCCUGGGUCUGACGUGGUGGAGAACAACUUCACCCUACUCAACAGCUUCUGGUUCGGUGUCGGCUCCCUCAUGCAGCAAGGCUCAGAGCUGAUGCCCAAAGCCCUGUCUACAAGGAUCAUUGGUGGCAUCUGGUGGUUCUUCACCCUCAUCAUUAUCUCCUCAUACACGGCCAACCUGGCUGCCUUCCUCACCGUGGAGCGCAUGGACUCGCCUGUAGACUCGGCCGACGACCUGGCCAAGCAGACCAAGAUCGAGUACGGCGUGGUGCGGGAUGGAGCCACCAUGACUUUCUUUAAGAGGUCCAGGGUGUCCACCUUCGAGAAGAUGUGGGCGUUCAUGAGCAGCCGGCAGAGCACUUCGCUGGUCAAAUCCAUCGAGGACGGCAUCCAGCGGGUCCUGAAGUCCGACUACGCCCUGCUGAUGGAGUCCACCACCAUAGACUACGUCACCCGCCGGAACUGCAACCUCACCAAAGUGGGAGGCAUCAUCGACAGCAAAGGCUAUGGCAUCGGCACGCCCAAGGGCUCGCCGUACCGUGACAAAGUGAGCAUCGCCAUCUUGAGUAUCAUGGAGGAUGGGCGUCUGCACAUGCUGAAGGAGAAGUGGUGGAACGGGGACCACUGUCAACAGGAGACCCGCUACGAGGCCGGGCCCAUGAGCAUCCAGAACCUGGGCGGCAUCUUCAUCGUGCUGGCCUCGGGCCUGGUGCUGUCCGUCUUCGUGGCCAUCGGCGAGUUCGUCUACAAGCUAAGGAAGACAGCGGAGAGGGAGCAGGUCUUUCUGCAAUGCGGUGGUGGACGAGAUCAGACUGUCGUUCACCUGCGAGAGGCGCGUGAAGCACAAGCCUCACCAGCCGCUGGCCUCCCUCCCGCUGUCGCCGCCGCCACCGUCGCUGGGGCCGCUCACGGUGAAGACGGACGCGGUGAUCAACAUGCACACCUACAACGACCGUCGCCUGCCGGGAAAGGACAGCCUGAGCUGCAGCGCCGGGAUGACGCCCGUGUUUCCAUGACGUGCCUGGGGGACGGGCACCUGCGGCACGUGCCCGGAGCAGCGGCCGGCGACGCCAGGGACUACGGCACGCUGCCGGAGGGCUUCGCCACGUUCACGCUCAGCCGCAGAGACCUACGAAACCACCACCCGACGACCACAAUGACGCAGACCAUGACGACGGCGAUGCACGCCAGCCAGAACGGAGGCAGCGGCGCCGGUGGCGGCACCGCCACCGUCAACCACGCAAGCACCACCGACCACAUCCUCAAGCCACUCUACCCCACCCGCGAGAGAGAGGGAGGACGCUCCGUGUCCUUUCUGUGAUGGCAGACAUUCGGAGGAAACAACUACGGUAAACUUAAAAACAGACAAACCAGACCACAAACACACAAACAAAUAACGAAAGAGAAACUGUCUACAACCAAUGUCCAAUGUUUACGUAUGAGGCGACAAACACAACCAUUCAGUAAUCAAUGAAAUAGACAGCGCCCUAAUGUCAACAAAGUAGUAUAAAGUAAUAUUUUAAGAGACACUUCAACGGAUUCACAGAAUACGGACUGACGACUAACUGGCUUCUGUAAGCAUGGCAAUAAAUGAACUACAGAGAGACAGAACGGGGGUUAACGUUUUGUUGGGAAAUUCAAGAGGCCAAAACACAGCACAUUAGAUUCUUUCCAAUCAGUGUUGUGGGUUUUCAGCUUUGUUUAAAAAUACAAGCAGACACUCCUGUGAUCCUGUGGUGAAAUGAUGCAGCCCUGUCCUGGUUGUGGGACGCGGGGAAAUAGGUUUUCAAACUGCAGAAAGGGCCGAGAUCUCUAGCGCGGCUGUCGAAGGACAGACAGAGAGUCAGAUUGGGUGCAUAUGAGCCAGCUGGGAAAGUGACGUCGCCUAGGCGACGUUCGCUACCGGUCAGCGCUUGGCCCUGUGAGUUUCUCCCGAAUUCUCUCCUGCACGACCCGGACAGCUCGGCCAAGGAUCUCCGCCAGAUGAGAAGACGAAUGCACAAAGUGAACAGGGUUGACAUCUCCCAAGCAACACAAUAAAAAAAACAAGUUAGGGGAUUUUUAGAGACUUCUUUCAUACCCAGAAAUGAGAUGUGAGUUGUGUGUGUUUUGCCCCUCACCCCACAACCCCUCCUUGUACUUAAGUCAGGGUCAGAGGUGAUUUUGAUUGAUUUGUGCUUUGCUACAUUGUUGGUGUGCAGGCAUUUCAAACAUUCAUACACUGAAGCAACAACAGAGGACAUGAUAACCACGACCAAGAGAGUGACUCACCGAUUGCCAAAGAUCUGCCUGUGACAUGGUGUCAUGAAUAUAAGCAUUGUGAAAGUGCACUGGACAGACAUAACACAAGUCUCUCCCUAGUGUCUGCUUAUUACAUAAUGAACAUAAAAGACAUCCACAGCCAUGAACAAUAUGUGGCUCCCGUUUUAUGUUUUGUUUUUAUAAGGGUUUGACUUUCAGCUGUACUUAAAAGGUGAAAUCAGCCUUGCAUAUGAAUUAUCUUUUCACCAGGAAAAAUAUAGUAUGUUUCUAAUCUUUUUGGUCCACUGUUAGAGACAUUGUGGUAAGUGGCUAUUACUGAUAAAAUAUGCUAAGAGGCUAUUCACUAUUUUUGAAAAAAAAAAAAAACCCACAGUUUUCUUCAGGGGUUUGACUGUCCCAAUGUCUAUAGGUAUAUUCAUAUACAUCAGUCGAAAAAUCAUUUAAAAUGCUGAUGUAACAGCUCAUUUUAAGAAUUCCUUAUAGAACAGCGUGUUAGCCAUGUUUAGUCAGUCUGUCCUGUGGUCGAUAAAACACAGUCACCAGUAGCACUACCCCAGCAAGCCCAUAGCACUAAUGAAGUGAGUUGAGUGGGCAGUCCAGUCCACGCCCCUGUGUGCAGCUCGUGGGACCCCUCUUCACCCUCCAAAGUGCAUCAGAGUUUGGGGCCUGGAGACGAAGAGGGUCAUUUUCAUCAGAAGCCAUCACCUUCAUGUUCCCAUCACUCUCUCUAUUCUCUCUCUCUCUCUCUCUCUCUCUCUCUCUCUCUCUCUUGCUCUACUUUUCCUACUUCCUCUCUCUCUGCAUCUCUCUUUCUCUCCUGUGUG